UUUCAUUCUUUCAUUACAGCUAACGCCCAUGCUCGUUCUCGGUCCAGUGAAAACCCCACCUCCCAGCUAAAAAUAAAAACUUUGCUAAACUGGACAUUUCCGAGCAUAAAAUGCAUUUCCGGUAAAAAGUGCUGAGUGAGCUGCAUAAAAAAACACGCUGAAACCAACCGUGCUGUCUCGUCCACCAUAUUGAAACUUUUUCAUUUUCCUGCUUGACCAACUGAAAACGGGUAGAAGAAACCAAAAAAGUUCCAUCCACAAUGGAAAACUUGCGGGAAAUUGAUUUAAACGGUGUAAUGAAAAUUAGCUGAAUGCUCCUCCUCGGGUGGCUCGCUCGCAAAAAUUCAACCUACCACGGAGACACGGGGAAAAAGUUUCCCCAACAAUGACUGGCAGUGGGGCAGGGCAGUGAUGGCGUAAUGAUAACGUCACCGUCGUGGGAUGUCCAUCCGUUACGUCACUAGCAGAACCUGCAGCUGUCCGAAUUGAUAUCGUGCUGGAGCGAGCUGAAAAGUUUUUUCCCGCCAACUCUGGUUCGGAAAAUGAAGAAAGGAAAAACAACAGCCGCUGAUAGUGAAAUAAUGUGAUUAUAAGGAAGUGUGAUUGGGGAAAAGUUGUAUUCGCUUGUUUCUGGUGUAAAUGAAGGGAAACUCCUGGAAAUAAUCACUCGGAGUUGCUGGAUCGAACCGGUUUGUUAGAAGUAAGCGACAUUGGUGCUACAGGCUUAAAAUAGAAUUGAUCAAUUAUAACUUGGGCACGGAAAAGUUUUUGUGCAGUUUUGGUUGAGGAAAAACAGCAGAAAAGGCAUUAUGGCCGCCAUGAUGAUGGAACUAAAACUGAUUAUUUUGUGUUUGCCGUCGAUCCUGCUUGCCACCACGCUCGAAUCAGAUAACAAAUCAAUACUGGCCAACUCGGCCAACUCGGACUGGAAGCGGCUGUGGCUGGAAACGGGCCAGCUGGUGGCGGGCGGUGGCAGUGGGAGUGGUGGCAGUGAAACAACCAGCCGGACGGCAUCGGCCGUGGCCGGCAACGGUGGCAUCGGGGUGGUCAGCGCCGGGAUCGGCAGCCCCCGGACGGACAAUCACCUCGACAGCAGUGACUCGGCGCUGCUCGAUGAUGGGGAGGUGAUGGCCCACAAUACCACCGUCCAGCUUGGCGGAGUCGCGUUCCUGGUCUGCAAGGUGGCCGGCGUGGACAGAGUGGGUGCUCAUUGGGUUUGUUUGGUGUUUGGACGAUUUUUGCAUUGUUGUGUUUGUGCACUACCACUUUGUUUUUUUAUUUCUAUUUAGGAAUGAACUCUUCUGUUAAAUUUUUUCAGUUUCCUUUUUCACAUUUCAAAGUAAUCAAUUGACUUGGAGUAACACGAAAUUGACUCU